UGAAGUCUGACUCAAACACAAAAAGCUGUCACAGCUUCAGUUUUUUUUUUUUUUUUCUCGGGCUGCCGUGUUGAUCAGGAGGCGUCCGAGUGGCUUCUGUGCCGGAGGCUUGGAGGCUUUAAAGGGCUGCCACCGUGGGGAGACUUCUCCACUCUUAACAUCCACCCCCUCCCCUCCACCUUCCCCCAAGAGAGGUGGAGGCAUCAUCAGGUAGGAGGCGACUGAGCGGAGUAGGAGGAAGAGUUGUGUAGGCAGGCCCGAUGGCAGGACCGGUGGAGCUGCCUGACGGUUCAAACUCCUGCUGAGGGAGAGGAUAAUGGCAGCCGUGGGCCCGCUCUCCUCCUCCUCCUCCUCUCUCACCUGCAUCCAUCACAGAGUCGAAGUCGGGAGGUGCUAGCCGACGCUACGAAGAGGAUGGUGUGAGCGGCGUCGACCCUUUCCCCACCACGACCCCCGAUGCCCCUGUGAGGGGGCCAAAGUUUUGUUGUUCGCCUCGUUUAUCCGUCCUCCAGCUCGAACGAAGGGGUGGGGGUGGCGUUGUUUGAUUUGUGUGGGAGUCCUCUCCCUCUCCCUCCCGCUCUCUCCUCCACCACCACCACCACCUCCUCCUCCUCCUCCUCACCCCUGUCCUCACCGACCUCCAAACUCGGCUCCAUGGAUUGGUUCUAGCACCAACCUGUCCUUCUUCUUCUUCCUCCCUUCCUUUUCUUUUUCUUUUCUUUUUCUUUUUGUCGAGGCUUCAGGGGAAUUGCCAAGACCUGUUUCAUGCAUGUCCACUGGCGGCAGGUUCAACUUUGACGAUGGGGGGUCAUACUGCGGAGGGUGGGAGGAGGGCAAGGCGCACGGCCACGGGAUCUGCACGGGACCCAAGGGCCAGGGGGAGUACUGCGGGUCCUGGGCGCACGGCUUCGAGCUGCUGGGUGUCUACACCUGGCCGAGCGGGAACACCUAUCAGGGCACCUGGGCUCAGGGCAAGAGACACGGCGUGGGCGUCGAGAAUAAAGGCCGCUGGGUGUACAAGGGCGAGUGGACGCACGGUUUUAAGGGACGCUACGGCCUGCGGGAGAGCACGGGGACGAGUGGAAAGUACGAGGGGACGUGGAACAACGGGCUCCAGGACGGAUACGGAACAGAGACGUACUCCGAUGGAGGAACAUUUCAGGGCCAGUGGGUUGGCGGGAUGCGUCAUGGCUACGGCGUUCGUCAGAGUGUCCCGUACGGCAUGGCGGCCGUCAUCCGCUCCCCACUCCGUACCUCCAUAAACUCUCUCCGCUCCGGUUCGGAGCACAGCAACGGUACAGCCCUGCUAGACCGGACCGGGGCGGUUGUUCCUGGUCCUCCUCCCGUUCCCGGCACACUGACUACCAGCGUGUCCAUGUGCAGCACGGGCAGCAGCGGCAGCAGCCCCGCCGUGUCUCGCGGAGGUUUCGUGCUGACGGCGCACAGCGAGGCUGAGCUGCUGAAGGGGAAGAGAAAAGGCGGAUUGUUCCGGAGAUCCAUCCUGUCCGGGCUCAAGCUGAGGAAGUCCGAGUCCAGGAGCUCUCUGGCCUCCCAGAGGUCUAAACAGAGCUCGUUCAGGAGUGAGGCUGGGAUGAGUACUGUGUCCUCUGCUGCAUCCGAUAUCAACUCUACUAUCAGCCUCGGGGAUGCAGACGCGGAGCUGGCUGUAGCCGACGACGACGUGGACGCCACGGCAACGGAGACCUACUGUGGGGAGUGGAAGAACGACAAGCGGACGGGGUUCGGCGUGAGUCGGCGGUCCGACGGGCUGCAGUACGAGGGGGAGUGGCUUAGCAACAAACGUCACGGCUACGGCUGCACCACGUUUCCCGACGGCACGAAAGAGGAAGGGAAGUACAAACAGAACAUCCUGGUGAGCGGCAAAAGGAAGAACCUGAUCCCACUCCGGGCCAGUAAGAUCCGAGAGAAGGUGGACCGAGCCGUAGAGGGAGCGCAGAAGGCGGCUGACAUCGCCCGGCAGAAGGCGGAGAUCGCUCUGUCCAGGACGGCUCACGCACAGGGUAAAGCGGAGGCGGCGGUGGGAGCGGCUCAGAAAGCCCAAGAGGAGAGUCGCAUGGCGAGGGUCACGGCCAAGCAGUUCUCCCCGUCCUUCCAGCACCCGGGAAAUGGCAUGGAGGUGCAGCGUCCUAAACGUCAGGUGUCCAGCGAGGUGGAGGGCGAGGGGCUCUCGAGUAGCGCCGGCACCGCCGACAGCCCCGACCUCUACGUGAAGAGCGCGGCCUCCGAUGACCCCUCCAACGACGCCGCAACGCCGGACCUCAGCCCCCCUUCGUCCUCACCGCCCCACACUCCGCCUCCACCCGCACGGCCGUCCCAGCGCAGCAAGAGUGCCCGCUUCCACCGGCAGAGCGCCGUGGACCACAGCGACAGAGGGAAGGACGGAGGAGAAAGGGGUGAGAAAGGUGGGGGAGGAGGGCAGACGGAGAUCCAGGUGUUGAUGGAGGGAGGAAGCGGUGGUGGUGGAGGUGAAGGAGGAAAGGGGGAGUACUCACGGGCCAACAGCUGGAGCGAAGACAAGAGGAGAGGAAUGUUAUCAAAAGGUGGAGGAGGUGGGGUCAGUGGACGAGGAGCGAGCCGGACCAAUGGACACAAACACAGUUCCUCCAAUCACAAGUCCCGGGAGCACGGAUCAUCCAAUCACAGACAGGCCAGAGGGGACAGGUGGACGGAGUCAUCCUCGUCCGCCUCGUGGACGUCCGGGCACAGGGGCGUGCACGGGAGGGGAGGCCGGCUGCUGGAGCAGGACGAGGAGAAAAUUAGCAAUUACGAGAUGGAGAUGAAGCCUUUACAGCCCAGAGACUCCACUACCCACAAGUCCCAUGGGCACGGGGGGGAGAGGCACGGUCACAGUCACGCUCACGGAGAGGGGCGCUCGCACGCCGUGCAGCGUCAGCGGCAUAAGAACCGUGACGGGAGGGAGGGACGAGAGGGGAAGGACGGGGCUAAAGACUCACACAAGGCGGACAGAGCGGGGGAAAAGAUGGAUUCACGGCCUCUACGUCGGGACCUCACCCUCUCCCCCCCUCUGAAGUCCUCACCCAUCACCCCGGAGCAGCAGGACCUCAGCCUCACACAGAGCAAGGGCAACACGGCCUACAGCUCUAUCCUCGUCGUCAUGGUGAUCCUGCUCAACAUCGGAGUGGCUAUUUUGUUUAUCCACUUUUUUAUUUAAAGACAGCACCGCUUUCAGAGUCAGCCUAUCUAUGCUACAACAACAACAACAACUAUAAAUUCAUACGAGUAUUACGAAUCUGCUGCUCCUUUUUCCCGCCAAGAGGGGACUGCAACACGGCUAAAGGAGAGGACCAAAGAGGCUGAGGAGGUGAGGAGACGAAAAGGACGGGUUCAGCCUCUCUCAGUCCAGAAAGUGGACUUGAAGUGAGCUCACGUUUGGACUCAAACGUCUGGCCACGAGAGCUGCUUCCACUGUCUGCAGACAGGACUGACCAGACAGACUUUUUCAUCUUCAAAUCAUAGUUUUCAACAGAUUUGUAACUUCUAAUUUAUUUAUUAACAUUUUCUCUCAUGUACAAUAUGUUGAUGAUGGAUAUAUUCUUUAUUUUGUAACCCCCUCCUCCACCCUCUCUCUCUCUCUCUCUCUCUCUUUAUAUAACCCCUGCCUCUUUAGUUCCUCCGCCUGCCGGGGUUGUUGUUACCGAUGGACGGCGUCGCUCAUCCGUCCUCUCUCUCUCUCUCACUCUUCAUCUCGCGACGGGAAGGAGAAUAAGUGUGCGUGCAUGCUGUAUACACCGUAUGUUUGCAGCGUGCAUGUGUGUAAAUGAGUCUUUUUCCAGCAGUGUGUGUGUGUGUGGUCUUUCAUGAACUUUACAAGAGCGUCUCACGAGGACGCAGUCGCUGCUCGUCCACAUCGAGCCUACUAGCAUCAGCUGUCAGCCGCUCUCUCUCCAUCUCUGCCUCCUACUCUCUCCCACCUCCACACACACCAGUCAGAGGAUGGAGCUUCCUCUGAGUUGGUGUUAGUUCACGACAGAUCAUCCCUGGCAAAAAAAAACCCUGCGCCUACUCUACCACUGGCAAGAGGCUUUGCGAGGUAAUGCUGCAGAAACCUGCAGCGGGAAUCACGUCGGUAAAUCAGCUGCUGCUCUCGAAACUUGACUUGAAGACUACGUCUUUUAUACUAUACUUGCAAGAUGUCUGAAAAGAAAAAAAAAAACAGUAGUCGCCACUUGCCUUGCUUUUGUAGCGCAAAUUGAUAAAAGUACAACGAUGCAUGCAUACGUACUGUAAUAUCUUAGUCGUGCGUUUGAAUCUGAAGGUGACGAAGCUUCAGAAGCACAUGCGACACGUUAAGUUUCAACGGGAGCAGCUGAGAAGAGUCCAGACGUUUUUAUUUAUGGACUAUUCUUGAUCUUUGAUGGGUUCAAUCAAACCAGCCGAAGCCUCCAAGUAUCCUGUUUAAAGCAACGCUGUGUAAUCCUGCUGUGGUAACUAUAUUCAGCUGUACUCGAGUAUUUGACUCGAGUCGGCGACUUUGCCAGCAGCCAAUCAUCAUCCAGGUCCCCAGCAGCAGCUGAUAUCACUGCCUAGUCCAGCAGCAGUC